AUGAGUCCAAAAUUCAGCCAAGUUUUCAGUUCUCUCCCAUCGGAGGCGCAAAAUUCAUUAGUAGAGAACCAUCUGGCACGUUUGCUAGACUUUCUACCCGAAGAUCGGUCGUCUGAAGUUCUUUUGGCCGCGACACGUCUUCAAAGAAAGUACCAAGAAGCUCCGAUUCUUGAUUUGCGGAUGAAGAAGAGGCAAAUCAACGGUUUACUUGACCAGCUCAUUCGCGACGCCAAAAUUUCGUUCAUAAAAGAACGCAGUAAUAGGGAAGAGCUGCUUUCUGAAAUUAUCCACACUCUCACCGGGUGGUUGAGCGAUAUAUGGACGGUCGUGUACGAACACAACGUCAAUUUUGAUAUUGCACAUCAAUGCCUUGUAUUCGUGGCAGAAGCAUUGGCUCAACUGUCCGAAAGUUCUAGUCUUGGGGGAUGUAAAUGCACAGUUAUGAAUUUACCUGUCGACGUUUCAUUUAGGAGCAGAAAGGGGAAAGUGGUGAAGCGUUUUUCUCUGAUGGGGCCCCAAAACAUAGACGCGGUUCUCUUAUGGAUUUGGCGCGAUUUGUUCGUUUCCUUGCUCGCGAAUGGCAACGAAUCCGACAAGAAGAAACUACCCGAUUUUCUGGAAGAUGUUGAAUCGACUCUAGGUAUUGGAGCUUUAGAGAGAGUUUUAUAUGGAGGCAGAACAACUGAAAUCGAUGGUGACGACGACGACGACGAUUAUGAAGACGUUGAAGACAAUGAAAGCGAGGACGACAUAUUUGAAGAACAUGCAUAUUUCGACGAAGAUGAUUCAGACUACGACAGUGAUGCCUCCGAUCGCUGUCCAUGUAACCUGCACGCACCGUAUUGGCCCGAAAAGAUUAACAAAGAGAGGCUGCCUCUUCGAGACUAUGUCGAAACACGACUAUUCGAAAUUUUCAAAGUAACCCCGUCCAUGCGCAUAUACAACACGCUCCUGUCGAUUAGCCAGGAUUCUACAUCGAUUGAAAUGCGCGCAACACGGGUACUACGCGACAUCGCCGGCGACUCCCCCGAUAACCUCGUUGCUGCUCUCGACAUCAACAUUGCCAACAACAAGCAGUCCAUGAUAGCCUUUCUGCUUAACAGCUACGGGUAUCUUUUGCGACCUCGGGAUACGAUGACAUUACAAUGUGCUGUCGCUAUGCUCGACAAUUCACCUUAUCAUAAUCAAUGUAUCACGAUCUUAGAGACGCAAUUGAACGAAAGCCUAAAAGCUAUAUGCGCUGCUGUUCGUUCUUCUUUUCCUCACAUAGAGGAAGAAGACAACAAAAACGAGAUUGUCGAGAUCCUCAAAUUACGGAGCUCGUCUUCUGCCCGUCAGGAACGCGUAGAACGCUGGGGAGGCCGCAUCUCAUCGUCCUCUAGCGGGUCCUUCCAUCCUAUGGCUUUUGCUGCCAUGGUUAUGGGUUUGCCUGUUAUACCUGGCACAGAAGAGGGAGAUGACUCAGAUAUUCUCAAUUAUGUUGAUUUAGACCAAUUGGACCCCGAUCUAGAUGACCUUCGAGACGAGUACAGGCCUGAUCUGAAAGGUACUUUUGAUGGAUGGGUUCAUAUAGCACAAAGUAUCAAAGGUGGGCCUGCUAUCCUGGCCAAACUCUAUACCAAGGCUUUAGAAAUGCUGCCUUGGGUACGAGGCUCAGACAUUGUUACCGAAAUGAUCAACAGACUGCGAGAUCGGCCCAACAAGAAUCAUGUUCUUGACGCUUUGGCAACUCUCAAUUCGUUUUCUAAAACACAGCGCAAGAAGCUCAGUGUUGCACGCGCAGAGCAGCAGAAACGUACAGCUGCAUCCAAGGCGCAAACAAGUUUAGCUACGUCUACAACGCAAGCCAAUGAAGCUUCAUCUAGUACCCGGUCAACAACAACUUCUCCUACAUUAUCUUCCCGUGCCACGGCACUCGUAUCGUCCACUGUAUCGCCUCCUGGUAUGGCCCCAAUGUUCACUCCAUCGAGCGAAACCCAAUUCUCGUUCCCACCCGUUUCAUCUGUGAAUGGUCCACCGUUGCCAUUUCCAUUCCCUCAAUCGUUCAGUCCAGCAGUAGGCGGCAUGGAGGAUGUUGAUUGA